UGCCGCCGUUCCGCUGCCGUCAGAAUUGCGCUCCAUGAAGUCAGUCACGAAAGUGCGCGAAAUUGUUGUGAUUGAUUAAAGUGCACAGACGUAUCUGAGAUAGGGCACUUGGGGUCUAUAAUCCAAAAAUGAGCUCACGUAAAUGGCAUAAAAAGUGUUUUGUACCUGGAUGUUCGUCAAAUAGCUUUGACCAGCCUUUAAAAGCAUUCAUUAAAUUACCACAGGGAACUGCUGUCCGAAAACAAUGGGCCGAAGCAGUCGGUAGAACAGGCAAAGAUGUUUACUUCAACCAUGUAUCUAGCGUCUAUUGUUGUGGAGAUCAUUUUAACCUAGAAGAGGAUGCUGAAAACUGGUUGAGGUAUAGGAUAAUGGGGACAAGUAUUAAACUGAAAGCCGGAGUGUUGCCACGCAUCGUAGGCACAGGUGACAAAAAUAUCUCAGUACUAGAUGCACCGUGCAAGGCUGAAAAAUUAGACAAGGAAUACCACAGAUUAAUGACGAAUCCAUCACCUAGCCACAACGAUAGUGAAACCAUUAUUAGUACUGAAAUUAGGGAUGAUUACAGUAUUGACAUUAAAGAUGAACCACUUUCAAGGAUUGUUAAGAAUGAACCAAGAGAACCCUCUCAAGAAAAAGUAUUUGAAGAAGCAUUAACUGAGGAUAAACUUGAAUUGCCUCCAGUUAUUGUGAAAACUGAACCAACCGAUAUAUUUUUGGCGAAAAUGCUGACGGUAGAACAACAUAGUAGAGGCUACGAAGACAUAGUGCCAAAAAACAAAACCAUCAGCCACAAAGAUAUUCAAUGUAACAUAAGCAUACGGAAACACAUGCGUAGCAAGUCUACACAGGUUGAUACGAACAUAUUCAUGUGCUCACGAGGGACUUCUCCCAUUAUAUUCAAACAGAAGAAAUAAUUCAAUUAAUCUCCAUCGUGUGAGAACGAGUGAGAAAUGAGAAGAAUGUUGUAAACAAUGUUGUAGUUUCCAACAACAGUUGCAGAGCGUUUGACUGAAGAAUAUCACUAAAUACAAAAAUUUAUUGUGAAUGCCAAUCAUUAUAGGGGUAUAAGGAGUUGAACUGCUUGCUGGAAAAGUGAUGCAAAGUGAAUUCAUAAACUUAUUCAAAGAAGCCGAAGAGUGAAAUAUUGUCUCAAGUAUUCAAGUACAAACUAAGAUUACAAAAUUUGUCUAGUACGAAUUUUUUUAUACAGAUUUUAUCUCCUUUUUCAUUAUAUUCAGUCCACACAACAUCUCAGCAGGUGGUCAUGAUUAUACAGCUAGUAAAAAUCGCUAUGUUAUUAGCAGAAAAUUAUUCCAAAACGCUGCCAUAAAACAUACUGCAUUGCGGGUUCUUAAUAUUGGUUUAAUUGUAAAAAAUGCAUAGAAUAUACCUUAUUAUUAUUAUUUGCUUAGCUACUAUU